CAUUCGGCAAUUUUGAAGGGGGAGAGGAGAGCAGGGUUGUAAGGUUGUUGAUGUUAAUGUUCAGACUCAGUUCUCUCGAGUCGCUCCGUAUUUGAUUAUUGAAUGUGAUACACCAACCGGCUAUCGUGUCCUUUGCUGAAUCUAUAAACUCGAGUUGAGACUUUCUUUGUCUGUUCAACAUCUCUCGCCACAAGACGAGAAAGAAAGCUUCUUUGCACACCUUGGAAUUAUCGAUCUCCUUUAUAUUCCAACUUGUGGAUUUGACAUGUUUAUUUGUGACUCCCAUCUUCUUCUCUGUUUCCCAACGUUCUUGAAUCUCCCGUGAUCGCACUUCUUCGCCUUGUUUCUGUACGACCCAUCUGGCGGUUUUUCUCUUAAACUCUAAGAAUGGCUGCUGCUGCUGCAUUUCACCAAGCAAUUGGGACAAUUCAGAUUUAUGGAUGCUGCAACGAAUCUGGAUCUCAGAAGGCGUUUGAGAAUUCCUCUGUAAAGUUGGUUUCAAAUGGUCAUGGGUUUAACAUUGGAUUAUUGAGAAGAGGAAGUAGUAAUACCCAUGGGUGGAAAUUGGGUGUUAUUCACGCCACAACUUCUCACACGUCUAUGGUCAAUCCAGUUUCAUCCCCCACAAACAGAAACUCAAAGGACUCCCGAAAGAAAUCAAAUGAAGCUGCUUUGAUAUUGAUUCGGCAUGGUGAGUCUUUAUGGAAUGAGAAAAAUCUGUUUACUGGUUGUGUUGAUGUACCCUUAACCAAAAAGGGUGUAGAAGAGGCACUUGAAGCCGGUAAGAGAAUUAGCAACAUACCAGUCGACAUGAUCUACACAUCCUCAUUGAUCCGUGCUCAGAUGACUGCUAUGCUUGCCAUGACCCAGCACCGUCGCAAGAAGGUGCCAAUCGUCAUACACAAUGAGAGUGAGCAGGCAAAAGCAUGGAGUCAUAUUUUCAGUGACGAAACUAAGAAACAAUCUAUUCCAGUUAUAGCAUCUUGGAGAUUGAAUGAAAGAAUGUAUGGGGAGUUGCAAGGUCUUAAUAAGCAGGAAACGGCGGAUAGAUACGGAAAGGAGAAAGUGCAUGAGUGGCGUCGUAGCUACGAUAUUCCUCCCCCCAGUGGCGAGAGCUUGGAAAUGUGUGCUCAAAGAGCAGUUGCUUAUUUCAAAGAGCAAAUUGAACCUCAACUUCUCACUGGGAAGAAUGUGAUGAUUGCUGCUCAUGGGAAUUCUUUAAGGUCCAUUAUCAUGUAUCUUGACAAAUUGACUUCUCAGGAGGUUAUUAGCUUAGAAUUGUCAACUGGGAUUCCAUUGCUCUACAUAUUUAAAGAAGGAAAAUUUAUGAGGAGGGGGAGUCCAGUAGGACCUACAGAGGCUGGUGUUUAUGCUUAUACUACGAAUUUAGCUCUUUACCGGCAAAAGUUAGAUGAAAUGUUUCAUUAGUGUACUUCAAAAGCAGGUUUCUUUGUUACAUCUUCAUACUAGCUUAUAACAUGUAUGGAAACUACUUCCUCACAACAGAAUGGGUUUAAGUUUCCAUCUGCAGAUGGG